AUGAAGGGAUUCAACAUUGCUCUCCGGAGCUUGGCUGGUCUAGAUAAACAACCUAGCACUCUCAGGCCUAAGUCAGAAAAUGUUGGGGUCUCCCAAACACCUGUUUCAGGGUGGCUGUUCAAAUUUGGAAAUACGUCUAGGGUGGUUGGUGAUGAUGCUGCAAGAUUCAAAGGCAGACUUCCAAGAAUGCAGACAGUAGCCCAGAGACUUGGGGAGGAUAAUGCCAGUCAGAAUCCAGGGCAUCUACCAGGUUCUGUUACUAGAAGCACUUGGGAAGCAAGAGAAAUGGCUUUCUGGAGCUAUGAACAGGAUUCAGCUCCUGACCACCUGCUGCUUCUUGCUGAAUCCUGGCACAGAGUCCUCGCUGCUGGAGCCCAGGGUGGGGAUCAGGGCUGCCCCGAGGAAGACCCCAACACUUCUGGUUCCUCUGGAGUUCAGCACAGGUGGGCACGAUUGGGAAAGGAAGUCAAGGUUCCCCAGAAAAAGAAAAUCCUAGACAGCAGCGAUCACUUGUUAAGCCCAAAUUCCUCCUCCAAUAUCCAUCCCUCUCCCUCUCUCGCUGGCUGCAGAAGCAGCACACGCCUCCCCUGGCCGGGAACGCGCGCCGGCCGGGGGCGGGGCCAGGGCCGUGCCGAGGGUGUGGCGUGCAGGCGGUCGCCUGGGGCACCUCCCCGCGCCGCGGGGCGGGCGCAGUCACGACGCCUGCACCGCCCGCCCCCAAGCUCGGACCCCGACGCCGAGGUUUCGGGGAGCAACAGGGAGCGGUUCCGGGAGCCCCUGGCCGCCUCCCGCAAAGGCGAAGCCCUAGUUUCCGAGGGAGAGGUGUCCGCGCUGGAGCUGAUAUCGGGGUCCCCACGGCAGAGCGGGAGCCCAAGACGGAGGUUGGGAGGGGAGACCUCGACGGGAGGUCCAGGCUCGCCGACCGGGUGCUUCUGCGCGGCUUCUCUCCCUGACCCGCUUUCUCUACAGCUCAGCGCACACACGCACCCGCAUAACGGGUAUCGGGAAUCUGAAUUACUAAAGCACCACAGUGAGAACACAGCUGACGGAAAACCACUCUCCCCAAGACAGUCAUUCAGGUCAUACAAGGAGGACUUAUUGAGGACUCGAUCGAGAGACCACCAAAAGAAGACCACAAAAUCAUAAGAAACUGGCCACAGAAAUCAAGCUGGCACCUUACCCUGCUACCUGUGGACAUGAGUCCAUAGCACAGGAAUCAGACUCACCACUGGGUCUCCAAUCAUUCUUCAGGAGCAGAGCACAAAAGGGGUACCAGAGGCUUCUCUACCUGGUAGCCCCAGAGGGUGAUGGUGUGCAGCAUUUAAGAAUAUGGACUUCAACAUCAGAUUGACUUGGUUCAAAUUCUGACUCUGCCCCUUACCAUGUGACCGUAGACAAGAUGAGAAAAGUGAUGUGUAGAAAAGUCAAGCCAGAGAACCAGGAGGUAACAGAGCUGGGAUUUGAACCCAAGAAGCCUGGCCAAGAACUCUGUGCCCCUGAAUACUCUGCUUUUCUGCUGAUCCUGUCAUGUGAGUGUCAGGCCACUUAACUCUUUUUAAAAGUGGUCUGCUAUAAAUAAUUAUCGAGCACGUGUUUUAUCUCCUCUCAGCUCCCUGAGGCCUGGCAUGCUUCUUAUGCUUUAUGUUUCUUACAGUGCCUUACACUGGCCCUGGAAAAAACAUGACACCCUUACAUGAAUAUGUAGAAAUCAAACUUGCUCAAAAAACAGAUAUGAAUGUACAUGUGUACACACACAUGUAUAUACAUAGUCUUCAAAACAUAGAUGGUCAGGAUUGAUCAGAUGCAGUGCAAUAAACACCUAUGUAAAAUGUCUCAAGCCAUGUUAAUCACAUGAAUUAAAUGUAUUAAAAUACAUGUCCACUAGAGAAUGCACUGAUAUUUUUCAUUAUCUGUUUUACUUCAUGGCAUCAGAGUAUACAAUAAAAAAUGGUAAUUAGAUGCA